AUGUUCUGUGUUACAUUUCCCUUGAUUUUAUGGAGUGUUGCUCUUGGCGACAGAGGGCUACUCCGCUGUCCGAAAGACUUCCUCUGCCACAACAACGGCACUUGUGAUGAAAAUGGAGACUGCAUCUGUAAGACGGGAUGGUCAGGUGAUAUGUGUGAAAUCGAAGCAAUUUCAUGUCCCGAUCAGCCAUGUAAACACGGAUUCUGCCUAACAGAUGAAGAAGGACGGCAUGCCUGCAGAUGUGACUACCGAUUUGAGGGGCAAUACUGUGAGCUUGAUAAAGAUGAAUGUGCGUUGAAAGUGUGCCCAGCUUAUGCAACUUGCGUUAAUCUUAUCCCGAAAGAUAGCAAAGACAAAGGAUAUUCUUGCAUCUGCCCCGAAGGUUACACUGGCGAUCUCUGUGACCGUGAAGUCGACCUUUGUAAAGUGCACAAUGAAUCAGGCUCAAAUUAUUGCUAUAAUGGUGGCGUUUGCGAGGCACGAUACGUUUGCAUGUGUCAAAACGGAUUUGGUGGACCACGCUGCGCUCAUCGUGUACCACGCUUGGAGGAGUACGAAGAAUUUGGUUGCCCGGUACGGCCUGAAGUAUGUGCAAAAGUUUUUGACGACGGGCACUGCGACGAAAUUUGCAAUCGUGAAUCGUGUCUUUUCGAUGGUUUCGAUUGUGCUAAAACAGAAGGAGCUAUCUGUAGGCAUCCUUCCGAAUGCGCUUACAAGUAUGGCGAUAGUAACUGUGACGAGGAAUGCGCGGGUCCAGAAUGUGGUUAUGAUGGCGGUGACUGCGAGGGAAAGAACGGAACGUCGUACAGCACCGAUGCUAACAUGAUCGGUGUGGCUGUAGGAGUUCCACCCGACACUGCAAUUAAGAACUUACGGCAGCUGCAAGCAGAACUGGCGCAGCGUCUCUACACCCAUGUGAGCUUGGCUGAAGAUAUGGACGGUAUCAUGGUGUUUGAGUGGGGCACAGAAACUGGACAAGGGAACCGCAUCACUGUUAUUGAUGAGGAGGUUGUUGCAAGUAAUGUCGAUAUGAACAUGAACGGCACAAUGGUUUUCUUCGACGUUGACACCUCAGCUUGUCGCAUUCAACGUCGCAAGGGUCACAAACAGCCACGUUGUUUUACCGAUCUUCGUGCUGCCGCCACAUAUCUGACGUUGGAGCUGGCACGUAAAGGGCCAUCAGGUGGAGAGACGUUGCCGAUUCGUGACGUUUCAUGGAGAAAGAAGCAGAUGGAGGAACUUCCCAUGUUAACUCCACCAGUGGUUUUCAUUAUAGUGUGCAUCGUAGUCUUGAUUAUCAUACUCACGUUGUGUUCUGGAAUAGUUGUAGCAAUAGUACGAGCAAGAAGAAGAAGGCAAACAGCUAUAUUCGCUCCCUGUUGGAAAAUUCCCACAAAGUCACCUCUUCUGAUGGCUGUCCGUCGGGGCGAUCAUAAGAAAGUGAAGGAGAUGAUUUCAAGCAAUGAGACUUUCGUGGACGCAAAUGGGCUUGGUCCUCUACACCAUGCAGUGGCCAACAAUGAUGCAAAAAUGCUUCAACUUUUAAUCAACUGCGGACAACUGGACCUAUUCGAAAAAAGUGUGGCUGGUCAGUCUCCACUCCUGUUUGCGGCUCGUAUUGCUCAUCCUGGAUUGGAGUGCGUGUCAUUGCUAGUUUCGGCAAUUGAUAUCAUCCGUAAACGGCGUCAUGACGAUGUGUUGUCGAAACAUUUUGAGGAUCUUCAGAAGGACAGGAAAGAUUUGUUGAAAAUGCUCCCUCUCCACGAUGAAGCUGAUGCAAAGUAUGCACUCACAGAUGCUAUGGGUCGAAAUGUAAUUCAUUACGCUGCACUCUGUAAUGCUGCACAUCUAGUUAACUAUUUUGCGGCAUGUGGCGCAAAUGUGAACUUGAUCGAUGAUAAUGGUGAUGCUCCAAUCCAUCUCGCUGCAAAGGACGCGAAUGUGGAAGCACUCGUCGCUUUACUGCGCAAUAACUGCGACGUGGACGUCAGAGAUGCGUUUGAUCGCACUGCAUAUGCUAUUGCUGACUCUAAGGGUCACUCUGUAAUUUGCGGUGUUCUUCUGAUAUCGAAAAAUGCUCCCAGUACUCGACUCUUGGAGCAGAUCAAGGGUGUGUCGAUUGUCUAA